AUGGAACGAUUCAUCCGGCAGAAAUACCAGUACCGAUCGUUGGAAGACGGCAAGCCGAAGCCCCCGAGUCGCGAAGAUGAAAGUUAUACCAGAAGUCAUGAACGUAGGGAAGACCGCAGGGAAGAAAGGCGGGAACGGGAACGGCAGAGGAGCUACGACGAUUCUCAUCGCGAUGAUUACUCUCCCGAAGGCUCGCCGCCACCGCUGCCUCCCAAAUCGGGCAAAUUCUUCGGAUUCGGUCUUCGAUCAGCUUCCUCGACCUCCAACCUGCGCCGAUUCGGAACCAAGUCCAAGGGAUCGAACUCGCCAACAUAUGAUCAGCGAUCCUGGUCCCCACCGCCUCGUCAGACUACCGGCCUCGGUGCGCCAGUCGCCGACGUGACAACUGACUCGUUCGAGGCUAAAAUGGCCGCUCUGCGGGAUAUGGGAUUCAACAACGAUCGGCGAAACGAAAUGGUUCUGCGCGGACUGAACGAGAACCUGGACAAGUCAAUUGAGACGUUGGUGCGAUUGGGAGAAGGCAAUAAACCGGUUUCAAGGGCCAAGACUCCCGUUCCAGCGACCAACACUGCAACGAAGGCUGGUGCUUCGGUGGCUCCCAAGUCGGCGCCGUCACCGAAUCCAUUCGACAUGCCUACUGCGACGCAGCAGCUGCAAAACCCGUCUUACAAUCCAUUUGACCGACCAGCCCAGACACAGACACCACAAUCGGCGCAGAAUUUGGAGGCGUCGUUCCAAAACCUCCAGGUCUCUCAACCGCUCUUCCCGCACUCGACCGGUGGAUAUCCAGCCCAGACAGGCUUGAUGCCGCAGGCAACCUAUCAGCAGCCAAUUACUCCUCCAGCCACUUCGACCUUCCAGAAUGGCUAUGUCUCGUCACCGCAGCCCAUGGACAACAACUACAAUCCUUUCUUCCAACCAACAGCUCAGCCGCAGGGCGGCAUGGGCGCUCAAUCUUUCCCUCACCCCAGCGCGCCGCAGAACAAUCCCUUCUUCAACGCUACGCCGCAAACGCAAAACCCCUACCUGCAGCCUCAGGCCCAGCAGAACACUGCAUCUGUGCAAUCGAUGACCGUCCCUCGACAACCGCAGCAUGCAAACACCAUGCCAGCAAUUUCCUCGACUUCGCCCUUCGGCACCUCUCCUUUUGGUACUUCUCCCUUCGGCCAGGUGCCUUCUUUCCAAACGCAGCCGCAACAGUUGCAACUACAGCAACCUCAGCAAUUCCAGCCCCAGGCGCAGCCCCAGGCUACUGCCCAAGGAUCCUAUAACCCUUUCCAGCAGUCAAUGGGACAACAGAGUGCUGGAGGUUAUCCCAAUCAGCUCCAGCCUCAACAACCACAGCAGCUGAUGCCCCAGCACACAGCCCGCAUGGACAAAACCAGCAUUCUCUCAUUAUACAGCCUCAACCAAGCCCCCUCCACCAUCCCCUCCAUCCCCGAACAAUCCCAAUACCAGUUUCAGCCUGGCGCAGGAACCAGCCCAGCCCCCCCUCUCACAAACUCCCUCAACUCCACACCCAUGACCCAACCUGGCUCGAACAUCCAGACCCCGCAACCCAGCGCGAACGGUCCGGCCAUGGCAUCCCGCAAUCCCUUCGGCGCUGCAACGGUCGGCUCAGGCCUGGCAGCGCAAGCAGGCGUCACAGCUUUCCCUCCAUCCUCGGGUCUGGGCAUUGGAAUGGGUACCAACGGUGCCAUGCCAGCAAAUGGCAUGAAAACCUCGCCCUUUUCCGGUCCACCACCUGUCACCGUCGCUUUUCAACCGAGAACGCACAUAAGUCAGCCGAGCGUGGAUAUCAACGGUCUGCAAAGCGGGCGCCAUAGUCCCGAUGCAUUCGCUAGUCUGAGUGCGCGCUACGGUUAA